AUGCCAACCUCUUUCGGCCAGAGCAUCUUAUCCGUAUUCGAUGUUUGGGAAGACUCGUCAUCGUUUCUUUCUGAAGUCUUGGAAUCCGGGGAUGCGCCAAUCGAUGAAGUGCAAUGUCUCUUCGACCAGAGCCUCACUGGCGGAGCUGAGGACUGGCAUUAUCUGAUCGACUGUGCUCGGUCAAUUCGAUGCGUUCAGAAUCGCCAUCCCGAAAGCCUGGAUGGCGGCGAUAUUCUUAGCUUCGUCUGGGAAAUAUUUGAUGGAUACGACGGUGCAUCGCCAUCUAUCGAACCCUGGGGAGAAACUGAUCGUUUGAUUGCGCUCGCCAAAGAUCUAGAAAGAGAUGUUGAGAUUUUGCCGCCCUCGCUGCCCACGACGCAAUCGGCUCGGAAAAGCGCAUCCUCACGGGCUCAAUCACGCGUCAAGAAACAACACCCAGGAACCACGUCUCACUACUGGCCUGACAAGCCUCUGGACCAGACGAGGAAAACCAACAACAGGCAAGACAAUCCCUCCGUGUCUGUCUCUGGCUAUCUUCGAGGCAGUCACAUACGGUUAUAUGACCAGGCCAUCCAGCAAGGCACUCGUGCCGCUCUCCUUGCUAUUACAUCGACUUCAGAUGCGCAGCCUUUGGACGUAUUAUCCUCGCUCGACGGCUCCCGCCUCAACAACCCGAGGCCAUGCAGUGCCUUUUGUAAACUGGAAAACGAAAAGGAGACGCUGCAUAGCAAACGCUCAACAAAAUCUCCCUACUUUUUGCAGAAACCAUCACCAAAGGAGGAGUCUCCGAAGAAGAAGCGGCCGCCACCAGGGACAAUUUCUUGCAUCCCGUUUCCUCCCCUCGACUCGCACUCGUUUGGCAUCAUUCAAGAGGAACUGGCUCAUGAUCCGUUUUGGCUGCUUAUUGCCAUUACGUUUCUCAUAAAGACGAGCGGGCAGGUGGCUUUACCUGCAUUGCGUCGGGUAAAAGAACGAUUUCCUACGCCAUUACAGCUAUUAGAUCCAUCAAUCAAGGAAGAACUCCUUGACAUGAUACGUCACCUAGGACUAUCCAAUGUGCGGCUUGCAUAUAUCCUGAGGUAUGCCACAGCCUUUGUACACCAGCCACCAAAGUCUGGUGUCCGAUAUCGAGUGAAAAACUAUGAUAAACGGGACAUGAGCCCUACACCAAGAGAUCUCAGCAGCGGAGAUUCGCAGGAUUCAGAAAUGUCGCAUUCGCUAUCGGCCAACAGUGAUCAGGAUCUUGAGGCGUGGGAAAUCGGCCACAUGACUCAGGGCAAGUAUGCCAUCGAUAGCUGGCGCAUAUUUUGUCGUGAUGAAUUGCUGGGCCGCGCUGAAGAUUGGAACGGAAAAGGCCGUCAAGGCGAAUUUCAACCUGAGUGGAUGAGGGUGAAACCGGCCGACAAGGAGCUGCGAGCCUGCUUGCGGUGGAUGUGGAUGCGCGAAGGCUGGGAAUGGGACCCGACAACCGGCGAACGCACGGUAUUGAGGGAGGAGAUGCGAAGGGCUGUCAACGAAGGGAGGGUUGAGUAUGAUGACACGGGGGCAUUGAGAAUCUUGACCGUAUGA